AUGGCACUAAAUCAAGACGAUGCCAAACAAGUAGUAAGGGUGGAUCAGGACUCGGAAACGGACCUACAGGCGCUCUUCGACAGUGUUUUGAAACCAGACUCUAAAAGACCUUUACAAGUGCCAUGGAGUAUGCGAAAGCUCCCAGAUUCAUUUUUUAACCCGCCGUCGACAGGGUCGAAAUCCAUAAACCAUUCUCGCGAAAAUUCUGUGGAUUCUGCUUUCGGAGGUGGCGGUACAGGUGCUGGUCCCGUCAAUUCUGUACCCCUGCAAACUGCCCACCACCGGGCGCACAGCUCUCCAGCUUCCCUUCAACAAACAUACGCUGUGGGGCAGGCACAGGCUCCCGUACAUCACAUUAAACAGAGGUCGUACGACGUGGCGACCAAAACAGAAGAUAACACCCCCCUGCCGCCCGGAUGGGAACAAGCUCGUACCCCUGAAGGACAGGUGUAUUAUUUAAACCACACAACACGUACUACGACGUGGGAAGACCCUCGAAAGUCCUUGGCUGCCCAAGCGGCUGCGCAGCAACACCAAAGCGCUGAACAACUUCUGACUGCACACCAACUGUCACAUCCACAAUCGCCCAACCCUAACGCCACCCACCUUCAGCAACGUACUUCAGCUUCUAACGUAGUCGGAACCAAUUGGCAUUCAUCCGCCAAAGCCCAACAAAUCAGGUUACAGCAGUUAGAGAUGGAGCGAGAGAGACUCAAACAGAGGCAGCAGGAGAUCAGGCGACAGCAGGAGAUCAUGAUGAGAAGCUCCAACGAUUUGCCAGUCAUGGACCCGUUUCUGUCCAGCCUGACUGACCAUUCGAGGCAGGAGUCUGGAGACAGUGGACUAGGUAUGGGAACAACAUAUUCGAUGCCACAUACACCUGAAGACUUUCUGGCCAAUAUGGACGACAACAUGGACGUUGGCAGCGAGAGCCACACCAUGGAGACCCCAGACAUCUCAACGCUCAGCGACAAUAUUGAUUCGACGGACGACUUAGUGCCUACCCUACAGUCUUUGGGGGAAGAAUUCCCCAUACUGGACGAUGUCCAGUCUCUGAUAAAUCCGCCGACUACAAGAGCUGACAACGUACUAAUUUGGUUGUAA